AAUAUUUGAGCUCGCUCGAGCAAGUAAACCUGGGCCUGCACGUCAUGAAUAUCAUCACACUUUUAAAAAUUAACAUACACAUCUUUAGGUUUCACGGGUCGUAUAUAACAAACUAACCAGUUUUGUUUCUACGUCACCAGGCACAGUAAACAAGCCACCAAGCUCGCGCACAGGAAGCACAUAAUUCCAUUUUUUACGCUUCCCGGUGAUAUCUGUUGGGGCGGCGGAUUUUUAUUUUGUUGGAAUUACACUGUAUUUGAUUUUAUCAUUGUGGCGAGAACUUUAUUCGUUAAAAGGAUUUAUUUCGCCCAUUUCUGUACCGGGUGGAUGUGAACAGAAGUGUGAAGUUGGCCUCGAUAAGUGAAACUCAACCGACCGACAGAAGCAGAGCAACUGUGAUGUUCGUAGGCUGUAUGUGGAUCAGCUCUUAGUGUUUUAUUUAUGAUAAAACUAAAGCUUUUCAUCGCAGAUAUGUCUCAUAGUACGUCGUCAGAAUUUCAAGUGACAUUGUAAAGCGUUUACAGUCGUCGAGUUUAGCAACGGCUUGUUCAGGCAUGUUAACUGAAGCCGUUUCGCCCGAGGAAAAUGUUUUUAACGCCGUCUAAUGUACAACAUUGAACUAAAAUCCUACUGCCACUAUGAUAUUUUUGAGUUCAUCUAUUUAAUUAUUUUAACAAUAUAUUAUUUUAAUAUCUUUUUUGUCAUUGUGUGAUUUGGUCGGGUGUGCCCAGCUACAGUAAGUUAACGUUAGUUUGUUUCGAUUUGAUGUUCAGUAACACCUCAAUACAGGUUUGAUGAGACAUUUUUUUCGUAAAUAUUUUUUAUAACGUUAACAAAAUUUCUGAUGUGUGUGAAUACACUGGCAGUGUAACACGUUUUAGACAUUUGACAGCUUCGUAGUAAAUAGUGAUUGGCGCUGUACACGAACACAACGAAAUAUUUGUAUAAUUAAUAUACAGACACUUUAAUGUUUUAGCUUCUUAGUACACAAUAAAGAAACAAUACAGUCAUGACAGCUGUUCUAGGGCGAGUUUGGGGGUGGGUAAAUCCAACCAAUCUGUACUCCACCUGGGGCAGUAAGACCAAGCCCUUGACAACUGACAGUCAGAAUAAAAGCAAGUGGGGCUUAUGGGGACUCACUUCCUGGGUUUGGGGUCGCGAGAAAGCCACAAACUUAAAGACUGAGGAAUUCUGGACGAAGGGGGAGAACAUCAAACCUUUGGAAAUAGAAGAGCUGAGAGCAAUCAGGCCUGAGGUUGAGAUCGAGAGAGUGGGAGGCCAAAGCUCUUCCAGCUGGUGGAGAUGGCUGCAUCCAUCCACCUACAUUUACUGGCCCAGAUGGUUGACAUCCACUGGGCUCAGAAAACAAAAAUGUGCUGGGAGGACUGAAGGGAGUUGGGAUUUUGAUGAAGUCGAUGGGGAGUCCGACUAUGGAACCCCUCCACCAUCUCCAACACCGCUCUCCCGGAAGGAAUCUGCAUUCCAGUUCUUCUCUCGCUCGUGGACGGGAGAGGUUUUACCAGAACACUACGAGAUUUGCUUUAACUUCCUCCGACACCUCUUUGACUUGUUUGUGGUGGGCUUCCUGACAACGGUGUCCCCUCCGUCCAAGUUCAUUUUGGAUGUUCUGGGGGUCCAGGGCGCCCUGAAACUGUGGCUCCAUGGCAUGGCCUUGUUUCUUGUAGCAUCUGUCGGGAUGGCCGGGCUGCUGUGGGUGGUGCAGGAAUACCUGAUUCUGUUUGCUUUGAUCUACGGGAUCGUGCAAGCUCUGGUCAUCUCUGUCAGUGCACGCCAGAGUGAAUCUGAGGAGAAGGAGAGCGAUGAGAAAGGUGAUGAUGAGGUGGAGGAGGAGGAAGACAAUGAGGACACAGUGGAGCAGAAUGUCCCGCAGCAGACAGUCGAAACAAAGAAGUUAAAAUAAGGAGUUCACACUAAGUUCCUGGGAAAAGUGUUUUGGCAUUCUGAUUGAUCCUGCAUUGAGAUCUUUGAUUUGGAUACUACGGAUAGACAUCAUCACUCCAAAAGGCCACUGAGAGAACGAAGAAGGUCAUUAAUCUACCAGCACCUCUUUCUCCACCACUGGAAGAUAUUAUUUUCCUAACAUUCAAAUUAGGGUUUUAAUAUGUCUAAAUCUAUGGUAGUAUACCACAUUGCACACCAGCAAAAGGAUAAGUGAUUAUAACUGCAGUCUAUUGACAGCAAGUCACACCAUUACAUUGAGGAGAGAAGGCUGUCAGGAGUCGGCCUGCACAAUACACAUGAACAAAAAAGGACUAUGUUACAGAACCGAAGAACCAGCAUUGAUCGAUUGAUUGUCAGGGAAUUGUAUUGACUGUAUAAAAAGACACAAGAUUGUCCGUUGAAGCUUGGUGACUCCACAUUGUAUGUACUGUACAUCUGCAUGGGUCACUUUAGUCGUAGCUAACAGUUUUCUCUUACUGGGUUUUUGGAGUGUUCAUUUCCUGUCUGAAAGCUAAUGUCCUGUUAUGUUUAAUGGAUCAGGUCCAUUGUUACUCCCAUCAUUUAUGCAGUCCAUUAGUCAAAUCACUCACAUGUGUUGGUGAACUUGGAAGUGAAUUACAAAGAAAAAUCUUAAUCCAUUUAUACAACAAACAGAUAAGUGACCACUACAUUAUUUUGGAACAUUAUAAUUUAUCCUAUUUCAUUUAACUUGGUGUUACAAUGGGUACGUAAAUUGUUUGGUAUACCUUAUGCUUUGGGUGUGUCAUGAAAACCACUCAUCGUUUGACUUAUAUUUAUAUACGCUCUUUUACAACAUCAACUCGUUGUCUUCAAGUUUUAAUAUUCAUUCAUUUAUAUUUUAGUUCAUUUUCAUGUUGUUCUGAAUGCUUCUGUUGUGCCUAACAGUACCUGGUACAUUGGCCAGUUUAGUUCGAAUCGUGGGUAUAGAAAUUAAAAGUGGUUUUGCACAACGGUGUACUGACAGCUGAAUACCUAAUGCUUUGUUGCACAAACGUGUCUGGCGUGCUUGCAAGAAUAGCUUUCUCUUACUGAACUGCUUUAUCUAUGCAUGAUUAGCAUAACCCAGCUCUCAGCCAAUGAAAAGCUUUGUAUCUUGUGAAACGCUUGUCUUUUGUUGUAAAUGUCCUGUUUACUUCAGGGUACUGGCUUAUGAAUUUCUAGAUUAUUCAUAUGUUAUUUAAACAUGAAAAACUAGUGUUAGAAAUGUUUGUUCUUUGGACCUUUUUGAACAAUGCAAGAAUAUGUGCAACCUUUGAAAUGUCUUUUCUUUUGUAAGUCUUGCGUUCAUUGUAGUGCGGGUCACAGCUGUGAAUAUAAAUGUCUGCUGUAUAGUCGAAUGGAUUGAUGCUCUAGCCUGACCGAGGGGAGAUGGGUUGAUGUUUGGUGACAGAGAUCUACAUUUCUUAAUUUACAUGUCCAGUUCUUAAGUGCUGUACACUGAGGCUUUAAUCGUCUUCACAGCUAAAAUAAACAUUCUCACAUUUAAUAUAUCAUGUUUGGAGUUU